AUGAGUUUACACCUUCCGGUAAGGCGGGUAGCUGCUACUGCCCAUGCAACCGCCAACAAACCCUCUCUCCACCUCCAAUACCUCCAACCGCGAACCCAACGACGAAAUGCCGGUAGCUGGUUCAACUGGGGCCGCACACCCUCCGAAAAGGAUCCCCUAACCCAAGAACUAACCCGUCGGGAGCGAGAAACAAUGGUAGCAAAGCGAAACAUGGACCGCACCCAAGGCGGUUCCAUAUUCGAAGACGAAAUCGAAGCACAGGAGCGAAAGCAAAAAGAAGAAAGUACCAAAGGACCCGGCAUUAGUAGACAACAAGCCAUAUCCAAGAUGAAGGAACACGUCGAGCUAGCGCAGAAUCCGGAUCCAAGAUGGCGGAACAGGUACCUGCGGAAGAAGGUUAUGCAAAUGGUACGCGAUGAAUCCGAGGGCAAGCCUUUGUCGAAGGAACAGCGUAUACGACUUACCGAGAAGCAACAUACGAGCAAGAGCGCCAUGCUGCCUACUAGCACUAAAAAACUAGUCCAUUUAACGCAUCAGAUCGUGGGUAAAUCCGUCGACGACGCUAUCACGCAGAUGCGUUUCAGCAAGAAGAAGAUGGCGCGCGAGGUUCUUUGGCAAUUGCAAUUAGCGCGGGAUACUGCGAUCGCGGCACAUGGUAUGGGACUUGGAUCCGUGAACAAGGAUGGCGAUGCGGAGAAGAAGGAGUCGAAGAAGCAAGUACGCAAGAUCAAGACUAAAGACGGCAAAUCGAUUGAAGUGAGCGACCCUACGUCGCUGUACGUCGAUGAGUCGUGGGUUGGUAGGGGUCCGCAUAUGGGUAUGAGGAUACAAUACCACGCGCGAAGCCGUAUGUCGCGGAUGAUGCGACCGAGUGCUUACCUAUCGGUGGUCCUAAAAGAAGAGAAGACUCGGGUACGCCAACACGACGAGAGGAUCGAGAAGGAGGCUAAGAAGGCCCCUUGGGUACAUUUACCAAACAGACCUAUAACGGCGCAAAGACCGUAUUACACAUGGUAA